AUGGAAGCAAUACGUAGAUUUCGUUUAGACUUUUGCGAUUUGUCAACUAUGAUUGAAAAUGUUGAUGUCUUAUUGCGGAUUGUUAAUGUUAAAAUUGUUAAAGCCAAUGACAGACCAAUCAACAUGAUAAUACUAUUAAUAUGGGUGACUUCCCUUAUAUGCUACUAUUACGCCUAUAUCGUCUCGACAAUAUGGUUCGUGUUUAUUCGGUGUCCAGAAACAGGGGACUUGAUAGCCGCAUCAAUAAUAUUCUCUUUGGCUGCGUGUAGUCAGCCAUCGUUCAUCACCAUGUUUCAAAUGAUUAUUUACAAAAAAAAGGUCCAAGAAUUAAUAGAAAAUCUUCAAGGAAUUAAUUACUUAGUAAAGCCGGAUACAACCUUUUCCAAAAACCUUCAAACGCAUUUACGCUACAUCAAAAAACGAGCGAUGGUCGUGUGGAUUACGAUGGUCGUUAAUGGAAUGGUGUAUAUUUUGAUACCCAUAGUGAUGCCGGGAAGACACCUGCCUGAAGAUCUUCAAAUACUUUACGGAUUGGAACCUAUGUUUAAGUCACCCAACUUCGAAAUCGCAGUGAUUAUCACAGCAUUAGGCGUGUAUAUUUGCGUAUUUUCGUUGGCAAAUGUAACAGCAAUGAACAUAGUUGUACUCGGCUACAUUGAAGCGCAAAUGAUCGCGCUCAGUAAAGAAAUCAGGAACGUGUGGAACAGCGCGGAAUAUUUCUACAGGAAGCACGCUAUCUCCUACAAAAGUUCAGGAUCGAAACAAAUAAUUAAAAACAUUUUCGUCAACGAGAAAUUAAAAGAAAUAAUUUACUUUCACGUAAAGUGUAUCAAGGCAUUAAAAUAUUACGAAAACGUAUUCAAUGUUACAAAGGCAAUUGAAUUUUUACUCAUAGUCUUGGGUAUAAUUUCAGAAUUGCUGGGCGGAGUCGGGAGCACAUAUUUAGAGAUUUCAUUCACAGUUGUGUUAAUAUCGAUCGAGUGUAUUUCUGGACAAAAAUUGAAGGACGCUUCGAUGAUGUUCGAGAGGGCGGUAUAUGGUUGUAAAUGGGAGAACUUCGACGUCAAUAACAGAAAAACUAUACUUUUUAUGCUACCCAGUGCACAGAGAACUUUGAAAAUUACUGCUGGUGGUACUACGCCUUUGGACUUUAGCUGUAUGCUGUUAGUGUUCCGAUUCAGUUAUUCCACGUACAAUACACUGCGGUUAAUGGUGAAAUAA